AUGCGGGCGCUGAGUUCCAGGAGCUCGGACACUGGUAACAGCUCGGGGGCUGGUGCCAGGAGCUCGGACAGGUUCCCGCUCACCUGGCUCCUGUUCCCUGGGGAGGUGCGGCGGGCCCAGCACACCGUGCACAGCGAGACCAAGUACAUGGAGCUGAUGGUGGUCAACGACCAUCAGCUGUUCCAACAGCUGCGCCAGUCCGUGGUCCUCACCAGCACCUUCGCCAAGUCCGUGGUGAACGUGGCUGACAUGAUGUACAAGGAGCAGCUGAACACGCGCAUCGUGCUGGUGGCCAUGGAAACGUGGGCCUCCGAGGACAAGAUCCGCGUGGAGGAGGAUUCGCUGCAGACGCUGAGCGAGUUCAUGAGAUACCGGAUGGAGGCGCUGCCGGAGCAGAGCUGUGCUGUCCACCUCUUCUCGACUGGUCCUGGGACCAAACUUGCCAACUUGUUCAGUGUCUUUGGCAGAGAAAGUGACGAGCGUAAUUACUACGGGACCAUGGGCGCCAUGGCUGUGACGCUGGCUCAGACCCUGGGGCAGAACAUGGGCAUGAUGUGGAACAAGCACCGGAGCGCGGCAGGGGACUGCCGGUGUCCAGACUCCUGGCUGGGAUGCAUCAUGGAGGACACGGGGUUUUACCUGCCUCGCAAGUUCUCCCGGUGCAGCCUGGAAGAGUACAGCCAGUUCCUGCAGGAGGGCGGGGGCAGCUGCCUCUUCAACAAACCCUUAAAGCUGCUGGACCCCCCGGAGUGCGGCAAUGGCUUUGUGGAGGCUGGAGAGGAAUGCGACUGCGGGUCGCUCACGGUGAGGGCUGCGCGCCAGGGGCGGGUGUCAGACCCUGCAGCCCACCC